GAGUCGCCCAGUCGCGUUUCGAUCGGCAACCUCGUCGCACUGUUCCGCCGCCGCCGCCGCAGCCGCAACGCACAAUAAUAAUAUUAUCACAGCAACAGCAGCAACAAUAACAACAACAAAAACUGUGAUAUCGCCGUAUUAACGCGCGCACGUGACAACGACAAAAACUGCAUCGGCACGAAACGUGAUAAUAACAUACUAAUAUUGUACACGUAAAAACGUUUUCCUAUUACCGAAAAAUCGGCCGUCGCGACCGUGUCGAUACAAAUCGUCACAAUAUUGUAAUAUCGUCUGUUGUCAUGGGCCGGCCGUGUAACGUCGAAGUGCGUCGUGCGACGGUCAUCACACCGAAUUCGCGGUCCUCGGACGCGUCGCAAUAACGACGACGACGCCGACCGGUACAUAUAGUUACGGUAUUGUCAAUCGAAUCGACACGACAGUGGAACACCAUCGCCGCCGGACGACGGACAGCCGACGCGACGAGUUUUAUGCGCGCCGCAGCGAGACCGCUCGCCACCACCACCGCCGCCACAACGCAGACGCAGCGACACCGUCGCCGCCGACGCCGUCGUCGCAUCUUCCUCGACCCGAAACCGUCGGCCGCCCGCGCACGCCAUGUACGUGUCGCUGUGCAGGGGAAUCCCGGAGAGUUCGUUCAGGAAACCGCCGAGACCGCAACCCCAGCAAACACACCGGUUGAAUCUGAGCGGAGGCGGUGGUCCCCCCCGGAGGAAGACGUCUGGUUACGCGCGGCCGCAGUUCACCGGUCCUAUGGAGUUAGAGACGCUGAUGGAGGAAGGGGCCUUGCCCGGCCCAGGUAGCCGAGAAGGCGAAGCGCCGACGGCGGACGACGGCACUCGCGCAUCGCUCUCCAACGGGGACAAAGCUCCGCAUCGCCAACGGCCACAACAACCACAAGAAGAAUUCAACUCGGCCGCCGCCAUGAAAUCGAAUUCCGAUCGUCCGCGCAGCUCGCUCAACCUUUACCUUGCCGCAUGCACGGUGAACAUGGGCGCGCUGGCUGCCGGUUGUGCACUCACGUGGUCUUCGCCAACUCUGGUGAAGCUGGAAAACGGUGAAACCGGCAUGAAGAUCACAAGCGACGAAUCUUCCUGGGUGGGCUCACUGGUGACACUGGGCGCGGCCAUCGGACCGAUACUCGCCGGAAUCCUGCUGGACCGUUUGGGCCGUAAGCACACUAUACUAUUGAGCAUGGUGCUGUCGGCAAUCUCGUGGAUCAUCAUCGGCGCGAUCCCCAAUCUCGUGGCGCUGUACUUUGCUCGGGUGUUGGCGGGUAUCGCCGUCGGUGUCAUUUUCACCGCCGUGCCAAUGUACAUCGCAGAAAUAGCAGAGAUGCGUCUGAGAUCUUCGUUGGGUACACUGAUGCAGUUCUUUUUGGUCGUCGGAUUUUUGCUCGAAUACAUUGUCGGACCGUACACGUCGUACCUAACGUUGGUCAUCGUGUCCCUGGCGACACCCGUCCUGUGUUUCGGCAUGUUCGUGUGGAUGCCGGACUCGCCACAGUCGCUGUUGAUACGGCCUGGUGGAGAACAGAAGGCCAUGGAAUCGUUACGGUGGUUGCGCGGUAACCCACAAGAGACGGCUCUGAUCAAAGAGCUUGAAGACAUCAAGAAAUCCGUCGACGAUGCGAAGAAACAAAAGUCUGGUUUCGGCGAACUAUUCGCCAACAAGGGCAACAUCAGGGCGGUGGUUAUAUCCUGUGCUAUGGUAGCGUGGCAGCAGCUCAGCGGCAUCAACGUGGUGCUGCUGUACAGUGAGACAAUUUUCCGGAAGACCGGUGUCGAUCUAUCUGCCAGCGUGUCCACAAUAAUCGUCGGAACGGUGAUGUUGGUCGCCGCUGGUGCGACACCGACCUUGGCUAAGAUGACUACAAUGAGAACGCUACUGUACAUCUCGGCAAUCGGAAUGGCAAUUACCGACGGAGCGCUUGGCUUGUUUUUCUACUUACAAAAUUCAGGAAGAGAUGUGAGUUCUAUUGGAUGGUUACCGGUUACAAGUUUGGUGCUUUUCAUCAUUACUUAUUGUCUCGGUUUCGGUCCGCUGCCAUGGGCUAUUAUGGGAGAAAUAUUUCCGACCAAUCUUAAGUCUGUGGCAUCGGCCUUAACAGCCAGUUUCUGCUGGAUCUUGGGCUUUGUAUUGACGAAGAUGUUCAAUAUGGUGUGCGAAGCUAUUGGCAUACAUUUCGUAUUCUGGUUAUUUGCCGUCUGUUGUAUACUAGCGCUGUUAUUCACGGCGUUUUUGUUGCCAGAAACCGAAGGCAAGACACUUCAAGAAAUCCAGGACAUAUUGCACGGAAGAAACAAAUCCGGGAACCACAAAAUGACCAGAGCAUAAUACAUGAUACAAUUUUGUACAAAAGCGACUGAUUAUUUUUCAUUUGAUUAAAACUUCUCUAAAUUGUCUUCAUGAUAUUUAUAUUUACAUAUAUAAAUAUAUGUGAUAGACAACAGCCAAUUUAUUAAUUAUCGUUAGUCUUAAAAUCCGAUAUUAGCCAUUAGUUAUAUACAUUCAUACGAUUCAAUAAUCAACAUUGUAAAUUUUGUACUCAAUAUUUUUAUUUUUUAUUUUAUUUUAUAUAAUGAAGACUUUAUUUAUACAUUAUAUUAUUUGUUUAUUAUUAUAAUAUUAUUAAUACUUUAAAUAACCUUAUCAUACACAAGUAAUUCCAUCCGACACGAUACACUGUUGUGGUAGGUACAUAUUGUCAUUGAUCAGUCUAUAAUUGUAUGCGUGAAAUAGAUAUAUAUAUAUUUUGGCAUACUAUUGAAUAACAUUAUAAUAUGUAUAUUAAUAAUAUGUUAAUUUAUAAUUUUUUUCAUUUGUUAAAAUCAAAGAGUAAAAAUAUUUUUGUAGCAUUUGUUGAAUAUAUAAUUUUUUAAGUA